AUGUCUGGCCUCCAAGCGAUCCGGUACACCAGGGGCAAGCUGGACGUGCUUGACCAGCUCCGGCUGCCUCAUGAAAACCAUUACGAUCAAGUUUCAACGAGCGAGGAGGCUUUCGACUGUAUCAAGUCGAUGAGGGUGAGAGGCGCACCGGCGAUUGCCAUCGUAGCAGCCCUGGCCCACGGCGUUGAAUUACACAAUGGGAGUUGCAAGGCAUCGACAUCCGACGAGGCGAUUGCAUACAUCGACUCCCGUCUGGAUUACCUGAAGGAAUCUCGGCCAACGGCCGUAGAUCUCACCAACGCCAUCACGCAUCUGAAGAACACCAUCCGCUCCGUUGACGUCUCCGGGAAGGACAGCUCUGCAGCGCGCUCCGCCAUCGUGGACGCCUACAUCGCGGCAGCAGAGGAAAUAUUUCGGAAGGAUACCGAGACCAAUCUACUUAUAGGGGAACACGGCAGCAAGUGGCUACUCGAGAAUGCCCCAGUCAAAUCCGCCGACGGCAAGGUGUCCGCCUUGACGCACUGCAACACCGGCUCCCUUGCUACGUCCGGCCACGGCACGGCACUGGGCAUAAUACGCUCUCUGCAUACCGCGGGCCACUUGUACCACGCAUUCUGCACCGAGACCCGGCCGUAUAAUCAGGGAAGCCGUCUCACAGCGUUUGAGCUGGUUUACGAGAAGAUCCCGUCCACCUUAAUCACCGACUCCAUGGCCGCCGCCCUGUUCGCCACCAAGAAGUCCGAGAAGCAUAUUGCUGCCGUCAUCGUGGGAGCUGACCGGGUCGUGCGCAAUGGAGACACGGCCAACAAAGUCGGCACGUAUGCCCUGGCGGUACUGGCCAAGUACCACGGCAUCAAGUUCAUCGUGGCAGCGCCAACGACGAGCAUUGACCUGCAGACCGUUUCGGGGGCGGACAUCCAGAUCGAGGAGCGCAAGCCAGAAGAGCUGACACAGAUCAGCGGUGCGGUCGUCGGGAAGGAUGGCAAGGUGGACGUACAUCGGAGCGAGAGGGUGGCGACGGCGCAUCAGGAGAUCGGGGUCUGGAAUCCGGCGUUCGACGUGACGCCGGCAGAGCUGAUCGAUGCUGUCGUCACAGAACGAGGCGUGGUCGUCAAAGUUGGGCGUGGACAGUUUGACUUCAAGGGCAUCAUGCCGGAGAGGUGGGCGCAUGUUGUCGGGCAGUGA